AAAAAGACUAAAGCGCUGCAGUGCCUCAACACGCCCAACCAGUUCAAGCACUUCAUGCACAGAGUACACGAGAUCCUUAAAGAGCUUGUAGAAGAAUUCCAAGACGACCUCAGUGACUCGAAAGAGAAAGAAACUGAAGACAAACUUGACUCGCGUGAAACCAAUAAAGAUAAUGACGACAAUGAUAAUAAUUCUACCGAAGACAGCAGAGAUACUGAUACCACAACAGCAGCCCCGGAUUCCAACCAGGACAGCAGAGAGAAUAAUACUAAGUCUCAAGAGGUCUUAAACACCAAUACAGGUGGAACUCUCAGGGUUCGGCGAGAUGCUGAUGAUGGAUUUAAUCUGGACGAAAUCCUGGACAGGCUAGAGGAUGACGACACUGAGUGUCUGGCGGCGUUUGUCAGCAAAGGAGAUGAAAGAUUUCUUUGUCGCCAUUUUGCUCACGGAUCCUCUGGUGUGUUUGGUAGAAUUUUAGCUGCAGGGGUGGAUUGCGACGAUUACCUCGUCGAAGGCGACGGCGAUGAUGACGACGACCACUUGGAUGAAUCUCAUCAAAUGGCUAUACUCAAACUGUUUAAGGAAAAAGAGAGCAAGGAGAUUGGUGAAGAAGAUAUUCAGAAAUUGCUGCGACUUGCGCCAGACGUGAUUGACGAUGAUGUCUUGGAAGAUAUGUCUGAAGAACUAUUCAAACAAAAUCUUCACAGGCUGGGCAGAUUGGCUGCAGGACAAAAUGCAAACCCCAGACUUCGCUAUGCCCUGAGAGAAAGACUUGAUGAUCUAGACCUAAGCAACCUAUCGCCGACAGAACUGAGAAAUAUUGGACCAGGGUUGUUGACGCUGAGUUUACUGCUGGAUCUGGAUGCUGAUGACAUCUUGGACACCGAUGAUUCUAAAGAGCAGAGCGCCAAAGAGGUAGAAGGUAGUGAUGAUGAUAUCAGCGAUGACGAGGAAGAUGAUGUCAAACUAGUAAUUGGUCUUCAAUUGAAAGAGGUCAUCAAAGCGUCUGGCUUGCAGAAGCAUCAGAUAGGAAGGGCAAUGCGUUACCUACACCAUGACCUUGACUUUGUCCACCACGUGGAACCUGAUGACCUUCUGGAUGCCCUGGAUGACGUCAAGGACAUCGAGUAUGAUUUUGAUGAUGCGCGGUCAGUUCUAUAUCGUCUGAGUCAGUCGCCACGUUUCCCGCCAAUCUCCACUUUGAAUGGUCGCAAUCUGACACACAUUGGCAAGCUGAUGAGAGGUAUGGAUGUCGCUCUCCUUGCAGAAAUCAAUAAGAAGGCGCUUGAGGAUGCGUUGGAUGAUAUAAGUGACAUCGACUUUGACGAUUUUCAGGCUCACCAGUUGUUGGAAAAUAUGGGGUAUACAGACGAUGACCAGAAUUUUGAAAACUUUGAUGUGCCUCAAGUGAAACGAUUGGGCAGACUGUUCCGUGGAAUGCCAGCCGAAGGAGUUCUCAUGAUGAAGCAAGAUGUCAUCGAAGAAGCUUUGGAUGAUCUAGAUGACAUUGAUCUAAAUGAUGCACUGAAAAAUGUUAUCAUGGAUAAGGUUCGCCAUAAUGACAAAAUUUCUGCCAAGUUUCUAGGCCUGAAAAAUUUUGCUGAAGUAAUCAGUUUAGAUGAUCUGGAUGAUUUCGAUGAUGAUGAUAUCAGACUACACUUGAAUGUUACUUCCCGCAUCCACUGGAGAUUACCUCAGGCUGCAUUAUUAGCCCAGAGAUACAAACUAACCAAGAGAGUUGGGCGGUUGAGACCUUCCGACCUGACACAGAUGAGACAAGUGGCUCUUGGGCUCUUGCCAGAUGACCUUGAUGACAUCAUUAAAAAACCGGACGAUGUCUUUGAUAUUGCUGAAGAGCUAAAGGAUCUACACGACGAUCUUACUUCCGGACAGAUUGACGAGCUGCUUGAAAACUUUCAUGAACUCAACGAUUUGGAUAACAAAAAAGUUGUCAUUGAUGAUGUAACAGCUAUGCAGGGAGCUCACGUUCUGGCCUAUCUAUCCAAAGACGUAUUUGAGAAGCUUGAAUUUACCAAUGCUGGAAAACUGGCGUUUAUAUCGCAAGUUGCCAAGAUGCCCACUCACAAAAUGUCGAGAGAACAUGUUCAGUUUUUAGCCAAAAAGAUAUUAGAAAUGCUAGACGAUACUGACAGCGCUGAAUCUCCAAAUGCAAAAUCUGUGAACCGUGAAUCCAGGCGUCUACGCUCACUUGGCCAAAUGACUCUGGGUUUGACCCCAUCACAGAUUGGCGGCUUAAAUGGAAUGGCUGUCAUUGACAAUUUGGACAUUCUCAGAAAUCUGGCACUAGCCAAAGAACAGACUAAAGCAUACUUGGAGAAAAUAGAAGAUACAGUCGAAAACUGGCGUUGUGACAUCAGCAUUCUGGCUAGAGUCGGACCUCUGCUUCAGCACCACGAUGACCCAUUCAGUGACGACUGUGAUGGACAGCUGGGCGCGUUGCUUGGAGUGGUAAAAAGCUUGGAGAAGGUCAGGGAAACAUUGCGGGAAAGAAUAGAGGAGGGUUUCGCAAAAGAGAUUGAUGAUGAUGAUGAUGAUGAUGACACAGAUGACAUCAGAGAAAAGAGAUUAGUUGCUGCAGCUGUUUCUCUUGCAACACAGAAGUUAAAUGUGAGAAAUCGAAGAGCCGUGCCUGGGAACAGAACACUGACCUGUGAAAUCUUGCUUCGACUGGGAAACGCUGCCAGGCUGGUGGAACCACAGUUGUUGAAGACCAUGCCCAACGAAGAACUGAAAAGAUGUCUGCCACAAGUGGGCGCUGUUAGUGGCUGGCCACAGGAAGUUCUCACAACUUUGGCUGAGAAACUGAAACAGAUUUAUUCUGAUGUAUCAACCUGGUCUGCGAAAACUGUUGCUGCUGCUGGUUCAAUAAUUGCCGGGUUGUCUCCAACAGAAAUUCAACUGUUAAAUGGUUUGAAUGGAGUUGAUGUCAUGUACAACAUUGGCAAGCAUAGGAAGCUUUCCACUGAUCAGUUGAAAGCUGGGUUCAAACGUUGGAUGCAACUUAACAAAAAGAAUGAUAUUCCAGACAUCACUGCCGGUGAACUCUCUUCUUUGUCUGAGUUUGUCUGUGGCCUGGAAGCAUCAGAUAUAAGCAAACUGAGAGAUGUUACAUUCAAACGAUCCCUUAAUACAAUCGGCCAGAGCACAUCCUGCACGCAUGAACAAAGACAGGCUUACAUUAACAAGGCUUUAUCUGUAUAUGGGUCCCAAGUCGGCCAGUGGAAUCCAGCAAUGGUUGCAGAUAUGGGAUAUUUAUUAGGUGCAUUGAGUGGUGAUCAUAUAAAGAUGCUCAGUUCCAAACAGCUGGCACUCAUUUCUCCCAAAAUUAUCCAAACAAUUCCAAAGGAUGGAGUAGCUGCCAUGACUACAGCCCAGCUGUUAGCCUUCAGCACAAACCAGGCUAAUGCUGUCACACACGCACAGUACGAAGCCCUGACAUCUGAACAGAAGAAAGUUGUCGGUUCCAAAGCUACUCUUGACUUUACCAAAAAAGAAAAAGAUUUCCAGUGGGGAUUUAUGAGCCUUAUUACAGUUCUGCUAGCCUCCAUAUUGAUGUAA